AUGGCAUCUCUACUUCCUCGUUCCGACAACACAAAAGGCCGCAUCGAUGGCAAGGUCUGGGACAUGAUCUUCAUCGACACGAAAACCAAGAAGGCCAAGAAGAAGGACACAGUCACCGCUGAGCCUAUUGACCUGGUUACAGCCCAGGACCUUGACAUCCGCACCUGGUCUUCUGGUGAUCGCAAGCUACUUGUGUCCAAGGGUGACCGCGUCAAUAUCCUUAUCGGUGACACGCAGCUCGUUACGAUCUCAAAGCCGCUACUUCGGGCAACUUCACCGAUCGCCAAAGACAUCCUCAAGGACGGCACGAUUGAGUUAGCAGAAGAUACUGACAAGGAUGGCGUCUGUCGCUUAGUGGAAUAUCUUGAAAGCAUCAUCCAGGCUGACAAGACACUGCCUCCCUUCCCCCGCCAUUUGUCAAUGACUGCGUCGCUGGGCGUGUGCGCUGCCGCUUCUGCUCUUGGGAUGGAGAAGUACGUGGUUCAUCUGUACAAGAAGUGCGAGGCUCUUCUACGACAGGACUUGCCUGCGUACGAAGACAUCGACGCCAUCAUUGCGUUCAAGGACGCGCACUUUCGUUUAUUCAAAUUCGUCGUGCAGGGCCUCGCCAUGCAUGUCUUUGAAGGAACGGUACCAGAUCCCGAGGACUUCGCUCUUUAUCUCGCGCAGAACCCUGUUCUUGAUUCAGAGAUCAGGAAGGCUAUUGGAAAGCGCGAGUAUGAAUUCCGAAAGGCGGCGCGGCUGGAGAAGCGCCGUAUCCAGCAGGACAAGGCUCGAGAGUUCUACGAGGCAAGCGUGAAGGAGAAUGCCGAACAGGAGGCCAAUAAACUGGCGGAGGAGAAGGCGUUCUUUGAUGCCAAGGCAAAGAAGGAAGCAGAGCUAGAGAAAUCGGUCCAGGAGAAGAUGAGGGCUAGUGACCCGAAGAAGCGGAAGUUCACUCCAGAGGAGAUUGCACAUUACCGCCGCCGAUACAACGCGAAGCCGCCUAAAGGUUGCUAA